UGAGUGACCCGUUGAGUCCAUAACUCGCACACACUCUGCACUAACCAGAUAACGAAAAACAGUGAAAUGGUUCUUCUUCUGCACCUUCCAAGGUUCCCUCUCUACUUGAUUACUUCAUCUCAAUCCCUUCCUCUCCGAGCCCUCGCCACUUCCUCCAAAACCACCCUCUUAAGACCACCCAAAGCCUCGCUCACCACCACAGAACCCGUGACCGUUGCAAACCCUUCCGCAACAGAACUAUCCCUCGAGAAGCUCUUCGUUCCGCCGGAGACCACCGUGUCUCUCGACACCGCGAGAGUGUUGAACGGUUCCAACAUUAUUCUCAGCAAAUACGCAAACGACGCUCUGAUAUCGCAGGCCGAAUUUGUGAAAAGCAGUGUGAAAACUGAAGACUGCCCCUCCGAUGGCCUCCCUGAAUUCGCUCUCGUUGGUCGCUCCAAUGUCGGCAAAUCCUCGCUCCUCAACUCUCUCGUGCGCCGCAAGAAGCUCGCCUUAACUUCCAAGAAACCUGGCAAAACGCAAUGCAUUAACCAUUUUCGGAUUAAUGAUAGCUGGUACCUGGUUGAUUUGCCUGGAUAUGGGUAUGCAUCUGCACCACAUGAACUUAGAAUGGAUUGGGCAGAAUUCACCAAGGACUAUUUUCUUAACCGUUCAACAUUAGUUUCAGUAUUCCUUCUAAUAGAUGCUAGCAUUCCUGCUAAACAAAUCGAUCUUGACUAUGCCAGUUGGUUGGGUCAGAAUCAGAUCCCAAUGACAAUAAUCUUUACCAAAUGUGACAAGCGGAAGAAGAAAAAAAACGGAGGCAAAAGACCAGAGGAAAACGUUGAUGAUUUUCAGCACUUGAUUCGAGGUUUCUUCCAAUCAGUGCCUCCAUGGAUCAUGACCAGUAGUGUGACUCAUCAGGGUCGUGAUGAAAUACUUCUGCAUAUGGCCCAGCUACGGAACUAUUGGCUUAAGCACUAAUUCUGAGAAAUAUGGCUUCAUGAGAACUAAUACGCGUUUCCAGAUAGACUUGCUCGAUCGUUUACCAUAAUAUCAUUUUAUCAAUGCAUUCCAUGGUGUGCCUUCUGUGUUGCCCAAGUACCUACAACCUACAAGGCCUAAAGCUAGUGACAUGAAAUCUGGAUAAAGAAAACCAUGCCCGCGUGAGGUUCUACUCCCAGCCCGCGUGUAUGAUUGUUCUAACGAAGUUUGGUUUGUAUUUUUACAAAAUGGUUAUUAUUUGUCACCUUAAAAUGGAAAUGAUAUUUUCAUUCAAAUACUUGGAUGCUUCCAAAGUUCUCUGGUCAUUGAUUUUAAAGAUUCUAUGUAAUGAAAUUUGCCCUGUCCCCCCAUAUAACAUUUCAUGGAAAACGAUAACUUUCCAUGAAUGCUCAGCAUGCCCUAUUAUUUUUCUCGUGGCCGGAGACGAGCUGAAGAAUAAAAAUAUAUGCAAGGAUGCAGCUGGUAAACAGCAUCCAUGUAGAAAUUUGUAACAUUUUUCUCUCCUAUAACAGUGCGACGAAUGAGAUAUCAGAUGUCAUUUUCAAUUUCUGUUUUUUA